CUCCCUCUUUCCCCUGCUCUGCUUUUAUUCGCAUGGCGAACUCGAUGCUCUCGGCGCUCCUCGUCGAGGACAAUGCGAUCGCCCGGGUGGUGGUGAGUAAGCUGAUGGUGGAACAGGGGAUGGCAUUGGAGGAGGCGGAGAACGGGAAGGCGGCCGUGGAGUCGGUCAAAGGAGGCAAGUCCUACGACCUCAUCCUAAUGGACAGGGAAAUGCCAGUCAUGGACGGCCAUGAAGCUACCAAGCAGCUCCGAUUACUGGGAGUGAAGGCCCCCAUCGUAGCUCUCUCGGCGGACACCCAGCAGUGCCAUAAGGAUUUGUUUCUCCAAGCCGGAGCCGACGAAUUCAUAGAGAAGCAGCCCCUGACGAAAGAUAAAUUGGCUCAGAUCCUCACCAAGUAUGGCCUUCGACGAGGAGAUGCUUUGUAGAGGUCCAUGAUCUCUGCGUGCAUGCUACAGCUUACUUACCUCUCUGAAUGUCAAACUGAUAUUUUAAUUGUCCAUUAAAGCACCUUCUACGUUAGCAUGUUCAUCUUCUCAGUUAAUAAAGAGCAAUAUGUAUCAAUGGAGUGAAUUUGGCACCUUAGGAAAUGCUUUCUUUUGUGGAA